AAGCCGGAAGUUGCUUGCUCAUAGCAGUCUUUCAAAGAUGGCUCUUGCUAGUGUGUUAAGCAGUGAUUGUGCGGAUUUUUCAUCUGAUUAUCGGCAGCCGUUCGCUUUCAGCUGCGGUUCCGAACUGACCGAAGGAGAACAUGAGGCCGUACCGGGAGAAAGUCUCAGUUUCUCCGUUAAGAACCCGCUGCUCGCUGCGGAUGAAGAUGGCGUUGAAAGGAAAAUAGAGUUUCUCCACGGAACAACCACAUUAGCAUUUAAGUUCCAGCAUGGAGUCAUUGUUGCGGUGGACUCACGGGCCACGGCGGGCUCCUACAUCGCCUCGCAGACGGUGAAGAAGGUGAUCGAGAUCAACCCUUACCUCCUGGGCACCAUGGCUGGAGGCGCAGCAGACUGCAGCUUCUGGGAGCGCCUACUGGCCCGCCAGUGCCGCAUCUACGAGCUGCGAAACAAAGAGCGCAUCUCUGUGGCAGCCGCCUCCAAACUGCUGGCCAACAUGGUGUACCAGUACAAAGGCAUGGGACUCAGCAUGGGCACCAUGGUGUGUGGCUGGGACAAGAGAGGGCCUGGGCUGUACUACGUCGACUCAGAAGGUAACCGGGUGUGUGGCGACCUGUUUGCUGUGGGAUCUGGCUCCAUGUACGCGUACGGCGUGAUGGACAGCGGCCUGCGGCAAGAUCUGACGGUGGAGGAAGCCUGUGAGCUGGGACGCCGCGCCAUCUUCCAGGCGACAUACCGUGACGCCUACAGCGGAGGACAGGUCAACCUGUACCACGUCCACAGUGAAGGCUGGACGAGGGUCUCCCAGGAUGACGUGCUGAUGCUGCAUCAGCAGUACAAAGAACAAGCGUAGCUGAUGAGAAAAAAGAAAAGAGUGGUUGGAGAGAAGAAAGUUUUCUAAAGUUUAGUCACCCAAAUGUUUCGAAAGGUUAACACAUAUUAAAAAGGACUCCACCUUCCAGUUUCACGACUUCUGUUACUUGUUGCUCCAGCUUUGUAUCGUGUUAACAGUGGCAGUAAGCUCCGCUCACCUUGUAAGGAUUAUAAUUUGAGGGGCUGCAGAGAGGCCGCCAAUGAUUCAUUCUUCCUUAAUGCAGUGUGGGAGUAGCGUGGUGCUCACCCUCUGUACCGUACUGUUCAGUUCAGAUCCUACCUUUUAAAACUGCAAUAUCUUCUACAAUAAAAAUGUGUUCUUUCUCUCGUG